ACACUGAUACUUUUGUAUUCUUGUUUUAUAUGCAGUAUGUCGACUUUUGAACAUUUCUUUUUAUAUUUGAUGCAUUUAAUUUUUUUGCAGCAUCUCCGUGGGCCGUUUGGUCUCGGGUCCCAUAGUCUCCCCGAUUCUAUCCCAUGUUGAUUUUGUGCCACAGUCUCCAUAAUGUCCUCCAUGGUCCCAUUUCGCCUCGCCGUGUCCCUUAUUUUGUCCCGUAGGGUCCCCCUAUCGUGCCCCAUAAUGUUCCCCAUUGUGUCUCGUCAUGGCCCGUUGUCUCACGUCCCCAUUUAACAACAACCCCAAUGUCGGCUGUUGCGGCGAUUAUCACCAUUUUCCUAUUGUUGCAAAGUUGUAACCCACUUUCAGUCAAGUUAAGAACAAUCCAUUUGCUUUUGUUUCAAAGGAGCCUCUGUCAACACGUACAGUGCAUUAGAUUUGGAAAUGCUGUUUCAAACCCCUUUGGCGUACAAUGGAGCCCCACACAUACUUGCAGCUUUUCCCCUCAAUCACUGCCCCGUCAUUUCAUGCCGUACCCCGUUCGGACCUGUUUUUGUCUUGACGUGAUGACCUCGAACGCACAAGGAACUCAUGCCAGCCAAAAUGCGGGAAAGUUCUACACGGAAUGAGCGCUCGAGUCCCCGAGCGACAUUCCCAGAAUUCCAGCAGCGUCACUACCGGUCCGACAGCUGCCGUGAACCAGACCCGUUGAGGGCAUUUCUUCUUGUGCUGCUUCUUCGUCGGUCAUUCAUGGUCGAAUGCCUGCGAAGCGCGUGCCCGGCUCUGUGGCAGAGGCUCUAUGGGGACAAAAAGGCGAAAGUGGACGGCGAGACGGCGUCCGACCCGAAACCGCGACCGCCGCCGGCCGACGAGGACGACGACGAGACCGGUAGCACGUAUGAGGCCGUGUGGGACCUCCAGGGCCGGAACUCGACCGAGUUGACGUUCCGGAAGGGGGACCGGUUCAAGGUCCAGAGACGCAGCGACGAGUGGUGGACCGUGGACAGACUGGACGAGACCGGCAGCCGGCUCGAUGCCGGCGUUGUGCCUGCAAACUACCUGAGGAAAACUGACACCGGUGUGCAGGUGGAACCAUGGAACUUGGGGACCAUGAACCGCGUAGAAGCCCAAAGUCACCUUAUGGCACCUGGAAACGGACCGGGAGCGUUCCUCAUCCGAUCCAGUGAGAACCACGUCGGCUACGUCCUCUCAGUGCGUUCCAGCUGCCGGGUGAAGCACUUCAAGAUCGCCCAAACGUCUGACGGCCGCUUCGACCUAGACGGCCUGCAGCAAUUUACGUCGCUGAGCCGCUUGGUGGCGCACUACUGCAACAACCGGCUCCGUCUCAGCAACGAGGACAUGCUGGGCGAACCCUGCAGGCCCAGGCAACCCCCAUCAGAAGUCACCUUCCCGGACGAUGAGUGGGAGCUUCCCAAAGAGGAGUUCACCUUGGAGGACAAGCUGGGAAGCGGCUACUUUGCGGACGUCUACCGAGGAUGGUGGAAGUCGCGCAUUCGCGUGGCCGUCAAGAUCAUCAAGAACGACUCGGAGCUGAACCACUCUGAGUUCCAGAGGGAGGUGCAGAUCCUCAAGCGUCUGCGCCACCGUCACCUCAUCUCGCUGUUCGCCGUCUGCACCGCCUCCUCGCCGUAUUACAUCAUCACCGAGCUGAUGGAGAAAGGAAGUCUGCUCAACCUACUCAGAAGUCCCGAGGGCCAGCAGCAGGAUAUGAGCUCGCUGCUGGACAUGGCCAGCCAGGUGGCUGACGGGAUGUCGUACCUGGAGGAGCACAGUUUCGUCCACAGAGACUUGGCGGCCCGGAACGUUCUGGUGGGAGAAGACUACAUCUGCAAGGUGGCGGACUUUGGACUGACCCAAGUCAUCAAGGAACCCGUCUACUUCGCGUACCAGAAAGCCAUCCCGCACAAAUGGAGCGCGCCGGAGUCCAUCACCCACAGGAAGUUCUCGGUCAAGUCCGACGUGUGGUCCUUCGGCGUCCUGCUGUACGAGAUGGUCACCUACGGAGGCGUCCCCUACCCAGGUCUGAACGGGCAGGAAGCGGACGACCUGGUCAGCGGGGGCUACAGGAUGCCGGCGCCGCCCGCUUGUCCGCCUUUCCUCUACGAAAUCAUGUGCAAAUGCUGGCUCACCGAUCCCGCCCUGCGGCCCGACUUCUGGCAGCUGAAGGAGCAAAUGUACAUUUACGAGGCGGACGGCGGCGGCUACGUGAGGUGACGCCGCCGCGUGCCUUCCAGUCGCUUCCAGUCUUUCUUUUUCAAAAACGCUUACGCUCGCCCGCUUGGAACCGAUCCCAGAGAAGGCAAGAGAAGCGGGAUCCACUCUUGUGGUUCUCGAGCGUUUGCCACUAUUGUUGCAAAGCUGACGGCCACUUUCAUAGAAGUUAAGAACAGUAAAAAAAAAAAAUCUAGUUUUGUCUAAGAAUAGCCUUUAAAGUUUGAAAUGCCGUUUCAAAUGAGUUUGCUAUACCGCCAAAGGCACAUUGCUCGCCAUGACGCCCGCCACCUGGAGGCUGAGCUGCACUGUAUUUGUUUGCAGAGUCAGCUCGCGGCUCGAGAAGUAACAUUUCUUGCUCACUUUCCGGCUUUGUUCCAUGUGGGAACUCAAGAUACCUCUGUCCUGUACCGAAAAAACAACAACAACAACAAUAGGAUUACACAGGAUGCCCACGUAGUCGCAGUUCGAAACCUGCGGAUUCGCCUAUCUGGGGAUUAAAAAUAAAAUAAAUCAUAAAAAAAAUAAAUGUCAGUUUUUUUCUUUUUCUGGGGAGAACCAACCCCAAAUGCGCUUAGUGUUGGUUUAUCAAUUUAUCAAUUUACAUGUACAGGACUGUCUACUAUUUAAUUUGCAGUCAGCGAAAUUUGUAACACUUGAUUAAUAAACUGGUAACAACUUGGCUUAAAAACAAAAAAAACUGACCUGAACAAAAGAAAUGGAUGUCAUUUUCUGAUUCAGCCAUGCAAGAUUCUCCUAAAUCAGUUGAAAAAAAAAUAAAGCUAGCUUGUUGUUGUUGUUCUUCUUCUUCCCACUUGGGAAAUGUGAAGAAAAUGCUACAUGUAGCGUUAAGCUUUAAAAUGGAUACGUACGUCACUAGCUCCAAUUAGCCUGUGACCCACUUGUGUCAUGUUUACUCCUUUUGUCUUUUUUUUUUUUUGAUGCACAAAGUAUUAUUUCAUUGUCCACUGUGAAAAAAGAGCUGUACUUAACAUUUGGGUUCGUGCAUUUAAAUUUAAAUUUUGAUGUUGGGAAAAUAUUGUGGCACUGAUUCCUUUCCGGUCGGGUCACGCAAUUUUUUUCAUGAGAAAGUUUUGCUGUUGCCUCUGCUUCUUUUUGUUACAGAUAUUUCUACAAAUAUGUAAUUGUGUUUGUGUUAACGAUGUAUGUUUUGAAUUAAGCAUCACGUCAUUCAGUACUUAACCUGGAUCACAUCAUUCAAGUUUUUUUUUUAUUAACAUUAGGAUGAAUUUAAUAAAUAUAAUGUUGAAAAUCAA